AUGUGUGAAGCAAGAGGGGCCCCGUACGCAGCAGGGCUGGCUUGCCCCAUUUUGAAGUCGUUGCAGAGUUGUGGAGGAAACGAACAGAAGACGAAUCUGGGCGCUGUGACGUUUGAGGAUGUGGUCAUCUAUUUCUCGGAAGCGGAGUGGGCUCUGCUGAACUUGGCACAGAGAGCCCUGUACAAGGAGGUCAUGCAGGAGAACUACCAGAAUGUGAUGUCGCUGGGCCGGACCCCUUUCUUGCCGUCUCCUGCUGCUUCUGCGAAGGACACCCAGGAGUCCCAGAGGCAAAGGGCCAAAUAUUGGAGCAAGGAAGAGAUUGGCGUCUUUGUCGACCUAUGGGUCAGCCCGGAGGUGCAAAACGAGCUCCGGAAUAUGUACCACAACGAGGCGGUCUUUAACUGCCUCUCCAACGAGAUGGGCCUGCGGGGCUUCAACCGUUCAGCUCGCCAGUGCCGCGAGAAGAUGAACGCCCUCAAGAAGAAAUUCAAGGAGGUCACCACUCAGAAUAAGUGCCCCGGGGCGGAACUGAGCACCAUGCCGUUCUACGAUAAGCUGGCCACGAUCCUCCUGCACAGAAGAGAUGGCACCCCCAGGUAUGCCGCAGGUAGCGGGGCUCCAGACAAGGGUCCGUGGCAGAAGCAGACGACACUGACGCUGGCCAGGCGGACCUCAUCCUUCGCUCCUGCAACGUCCGGGCAGGCCAGGCUGCCUUUGGCAACAGCGACCCAAGCGAAGCCACCUCCUCAGAAGCAGGCCCGCCUUCUCCAGGGGAAGAUUGGCCUGGCUCAGGCCGGUUGGGUGUCCGCCCUUCAUCACCCUGAGCUGGUGUCGCAGCCCAGCGGGAGCUCGACGACGCAAGGGGACGAGAAGCCCCCUGGGCAGUUCGCUCUGCUCACUCCGAAAAUUGAGGAGGAGGAGGAGGAACCCGACGAUGAGCAGCCCAGCUCAAGCCGCCCCAAGCUCCAAGGAGCCCUUCCACCAGUGGAGGUGCGCGUGGUGGACGAGCACGGAGCCACAGUCGCGACAGCCAUGUACAAGCAGUGCAAAGAGGAGGAGGAGGAGGAGGAGGAGGAGGAGGAGAACGACGCAAGCCUGGAUCUCGACCUUGACUUUGACACUAAGCUCAUCAGAGAGAUUGUGGCUGAUGGGGACCCUCCGGAGGUGGCGGAGGUCCUGGUUGACCCGAAUGCCUUGUCGGAGCUCUCCGAGGAACCGUACAGCGGAGGCGAGGGGGACGAUGACUUCCCCGUGGAUUUGCUGCACUCUUUUGAGGACCGAUUCUCCGCUAUCCACGGGCUCAGGGACGGCAACCCAGAGCGGGAACGGCCGGAAAGAAAGCGUCCACCAUCCAGGGCUCCGUCUCUAGCUGAAAGUCUCCUACAGGAGCAAGAGUGCAAAGGGCUUGAAAACGUGGAUCCCACCUCUUUCGUCAUGGGCAACGUGGGCCCUCUGGAUUCCCACGUGGGCGGCGAUGGGGCCGUGGGCGUGGCUGACGAGCUCCCACCAGAUGACCUCCCGCCUCCUGUAGAACUCGACGAAAAGGCGCCGCUGACCAACGCGCAGAGGGCUGCCAGAUUCAGGAACAAGAGGAAAGCCGAGAGGGCGCAGAUGGCCAAGGAGCUCAUCAAGGCCACGAGGGAAACCGGGGAGCAAAUCCGAGAGGCUCUUUACGAACUCGACAGUAAGGAAUCGGAGAGGCGGGUCGACGACCGCAAAGUGGCGGUCUGGUGCGCGAGGCACAUCGCCAGGAGCAUCCGGGAGUCCAGCCAGACGAUGGCUACGGCCAUGCGGGGCUCCGACACCGCGCUCCAUCAGUGCAUGGAGAAGUACACGGCUGCCCUAGAGCGGCAAACGACUCUGUUGGAGCGCAUCGCGGACUCGUUAAACGCGCAAGCCGAGGCUCCUCAACCUUCCCCGGUCAUUCCCACCGAUCGGAUACACGCCGCAUCCCUGCAUUCCAGUACCAUCCCGGCCCCUUCCCUCCCGCAACACACCUGUGUCGAACAAGACCCUCCCCUGGCUGAGAAGUUGGGGGGCGAACGAGGAAGAGCCACCUAGGAGGAGGAAGGGGGGGGGGGCGUUAGACCAAAGUAGCAAGUAGGCAACAAGACUCAUAACGGAUUGUUCAGUGGCUGCGUGGUUCCUCUUGUAAACAAAAGAAGGUUCGCGAAGACUUUUUGAACGUUGAUAAAACGGUGGGGCAGCCUUCGGUUUAUUGCCUGCUGCAGGGGUGGGCAGAAGGUCGAUCUUCAGAUGUUUUGGACUUCAACUCCCAAUAUUCUUGACCGUUAGCUGUACUUGCAAGGGCUUCUGGGAGUUGGAAGUCCAAAGCCUCCAGAGAUCCUGGUUUUGGCCUUCCUCUGGUCUACUGUACCAGGCUGUACGAUCAGUGUUGUUUAGGCGUCCCUCUGUUACGUUACUUGAGAAAGUGGUGCUGUUUUCUGCACCUUGUCGUAAUGCCUUUAAACAGGACGAUGGUCUUUGUGGAUCCGGUAGGGAUUUUUUUUAUAGCAUUCCACAGUGCCCAAAACUUACUAAGCCAGGGCUGCAAACGAUGGCUACUUUGCGACCGUUUUGCAGUUGCAUGGAAAAUAAAGAGUUAAAUUCCUCUUUUUGAGACAUGCAGCUGUGACAAAUCAUUCCCCACUGUUUCUCCACAGAAAUAAUUAGCAA